AGCAGGUAGUGUGGACGGUUUUACUUUUCCUGAUUUGGUGUGAGCAAUUGAAAAAAAAGUUUUUGUCGUUUAGUUCAGUUUACAAAGUGGUAUGCGGAUAUUUGUUUGAAAAUAUUUUGUAGUGACCUGUAGGCUAAUCAUAAUGACAACAGAUUUGACUUUCUCUAAAAUAUAUUUUUGGCAGAAUUAGUGACACAGUGAAUUUCAGAGAGUGUUUCAACUUUUAAUCAUUAUCGGUUUGUAACCGGUGGAAUUGUUUUUUCAACGCCUGACUAUCCUUAAACACCAGUAAGGUUCAUCGGAUACACGAAUGGUUUUUGAGUCUGGACUUGAUGUAAUUGAAUAGAAUGGGUAUUGAAAAGGAGAAUGAACUGGAAGCAGGCGCAACAGCGCUUAGCAAAUGGCUAACAACUCAACCACAUCUCCCACAAAAUCUUCAUCCACUACUGUUACAACGAUAUGUUCACUCAACGAAAGGCGACUUGGCAUAUGCGGAAAAAAUCCUUGUGCAAGGAUAUACAAUACGUCAGAAAAACCCACAUAUUUUCGGCAACCGAGAUCCUCUGGAAGCAAACGUACAAAGUAUUCUCCAUGCAAUUGACAUGGUUCCCUUACCUGCGGUAGAAGGCUCUGAGGAUAAAUUCAUUUUUUAUCGGUUGGUUGAUUGUGAUCCGGACAAAUUUCAAUUCAACGAUGUUAUCAGGACUUUCUUCAUUAUUGCUGACAGUCGCUUAGUUCAACCGGAUGUACCAAUGAACGAUGGCGGCGAUGUUCCAAUCUUCGACAUGACUGGAUUCACUUUGCGACAUUUGACCAAAGUAGUGCUUUCUACUCUACGAGUUUACAUGAAGUAUACUCAAGAAGCCCACCCUGUCCGCUUGAAGGCCAUACAUGUCAUCAACUGCACCCCAUUCCUGGACCGCGUGAUGGUUAUAGUAAAGCCAUUCAUGAAAAAGCAGGUUGCAAAUAUGUUACAUUUUCACCUGCCAAAUUCGGAAACUCUUUACGAUCAUGUCCCAAAGGAUGCUCUACCGGAAGAAUAUGGCGGAAAGCAAGCAAUCGAUAAACUGAAGGCAGAAUGGUUCAAACGGAUUGAAUCAUUAAGUGACAUGGUUCCCUUACCUGCGGUAGAAGGCUCUGAGGAUAAAUUCAUUUUUUAUCGGUUGGUUGAUUGUGAUCCGGACAAAUUUCAAUUCAACGAUGUUAUCAGGACUUUCUUCAUUAUUGCUGACAGUCGCUUAGUUCAACCGGAUGUACCAAUGAACGAUGGCGGCGAUGUUCCAAUCUUCGACAUGACUGGAUUCACUUUGCGACAUUUGACCAAAGUAGUGCUUUCUACUCUACGAGUUUACAUGAAGUAUACUCAAGAAGCCCACCCUGUCCGCUUGAAGGCCAUACAUGUCAUCAACUGCACCCCAUUCCUGGACCGCGUGAUGGUUAUAGUAAAGCCAUUCAUGAAAAAGCAGGUUGCAAAUAUGUUACAUUUUCACCUGCCAAAUUCGGAAACUCUUUACGAUCAUGUCCCAAAGGAUGCUCUACCGGAAGAAUAUGGCGGAAAGCAAGCAAUCGAUAAACUGAAGGCAGAAUGGUUCAAACGGAUUGAAUCAUUAAGGGACUACUUCACUGAUGAGAGUCGAUGGAAGAUAGACGAUUCCCGGAAAGUCAACAAUAACAACAAUGAAAUCAGCAGCUCACUGAGGAAUCUUGAGAUCGAUUAAAUGACGCAUGGAUAAAACGAGUGAAUUGGUCGAGGUUUCAUUAUUUUAUGUAUAUAAUAUAGCUGGAAUAAAUAUUGAUGAUAUGGAUGUUUUGGUGGAAUUAGGUUUUCUUUUAUCGUCUAUUGAA